AUGGUGGAGCUGUCGGACACUAUGGUCUCCGUGGACUGGGAGUGGCUCCAGUUGUCGCUGGAGGAGGAGUGCUCCCGGCUGCGGCCGCCGGGCUCCGAGAAGCGGGCGAGGGAGCGGACUGAGGCUGGGCUGGAGGAAACCAGGCUGCAGCGGCUCAGCGUCCGCACGCUGCUCCUGCUCAGCGCGAUGACGUCCACCAUGGGGGGCAGGACGGCGUUGGGAAUGAUCUUGGACAUGCUGCUGUUGCAACACAUCAUGAGCCAUGACGUCAGCCAUGGCAAACAGCGGGCAUUGCUGUCAAAGGAGAUGCUGCCCCUGGUACUAUCCAGCGCUGCAGAGAAGCAGAAGGGCAUCCACAGCAGAAGAGUUCAGCUCUCCCUGCACCGACUGAACGGGAGAACCAAGCUCCUACGAUCUUACAUCCAGGCUUUGAAGGCCUGCCUCCAGCAGCAGAGCAGCCCUUACCGCCACCCUGAAGUAGUGGGGAGGAAUUACAUCCAGGUUAGCAAGGCCAGCACCUUGGCCUGGCUGGUGAUGUUGGCAGUAGGCCAGGGCGCCUCCCCCUCCGCUGGGGGCGCCCCAUGGUGGGCGCUGGAGCCGCUGCUGCUCUUCUUCUUCUUCCUCUUGCCCCGAAGCCAGCUGAAAGCCCAGCGCAGGCUGGAGGAGCCAGACUUGGGCUUCUUCUUCUUUGGGGCCCCCUGCGCGGAAGGCACGUCCCCUUUUUCCUGCCCGCCAGCGGGGAGCCAGGUGCCCGCAGCCGCCGCAGGUGCCUCCUGCGAGCGCCUCCCGGACAUCUCCGGGCAGGGGAGGAUGGGUCGGAGAAAGCCCCGCUUCACCGGGAGAGCUCGCCUUGGCUACGCUCCGCCCGGGGGAGCCGCCGACCGACGCGAGCUCCCCAUGCGGGGUGGGGGGAAGCGCCUCCCCUCCCCGUCUCCCGUGCCCCACGCCGGAGCCCCCUCUCCCGUGCGCCCCAGCUCCCCCCUCUGGAUUCCUGGCAGCCGGGCUCCCGCCUCUCCCCUGGGCCCCCCUCACCUGCCCCGGGACUCCCCCCGCGCCUUAGCUCCCCCCGGGACUGUUCUCCUGCUCCGGGUCCGCUCUGCGCCCGGCUGCACCAGGCGCCAAGGAAGCAGCCGGGGAAAGUUUCUCCCGGACGGGCGGGCGUGUGUGGGGCGGGCGGGGCCUGCCGAGCGCGCUGGGGUGUGGAGAGGCUCUGCCCCCGGCCCCUCACUCCGCCUCCCCGGCUGCCCGGCCCGGGGCUCCGCGGACGCUCCGCGCAGGGCGCCCCGGAGCGGGGCCCGGGCUGGACGGCCCAUCCCGGCCCGCUGGCCGGGGGAGCGCGGCGGCAGGCAGCCUGGUACCACACUGGUGCUUUGAACUGAAGUCCUGAAACUUGAGGUAUCCUGGAAGCAAAGCACAGUCUUAUUGUUUCAUGAAUGAUGACAAAGCUAAUAAAGGGGACACUUCCUGAGCAUCGUUGGGGAACUGAUAGCCUGGAUGUGACCAGGGUCAUUAACCCUCUGUUGGUCAUUCAUUCCUAGUAAAUGCCUUGUGUCAAGCUGCUGGUUGUUGCUUAUAAGUCUCAAUUGGAAAAUUAAAAGAUAUUGGGUCUUUAA